GUGAAGGACAGAUGGAAGAAGUGGUUUUGGCUGUAGAGAGGACUGGGUGGGGCACGGGGAGUCAGAGCUGCCUUCCUUCUCCUGGCUGAGGGCUGUCACCUGUAGGAUAAGGCUGUGGAUGACAGAAAGGAGGCUCAGAGCUGUGAGACAGGUCCCGUGAUUAGCUCAAGAUGAGAACCUGGCUUGGAGGGGCCAGAGGUGACUGCCCCAAGACCACACAGGUGGUCUGCAUCAGAUCUGGGACUCAAGUUCAGGUCUGUCUGGCCUUGAACGUGACAUCAUGCACCACACCAUGCAUGCUGCCGUGCACGUGGGCACCAUGCUGGCAUGCUCAGUGCCCCUUGCUGGGCAGAGCUUGGAAGGCGGAGCUUCAUAGCCUGGGCCUUUCUAGCUGCAAAUGCAGUUCAGUGGUAGAAUGCACGGUGACAAGCUUCUGUCCUGGCCUCAUUCUCUCCCAGCCCUUCCCCCUCAAGUGUCUUGGGGACACUCAGCUAACCUUUGUCUCUCCAUGUCUGUCUCUGUGUUUGUUUCUCUGUCUGUCUGUCUGCCCUUCUCUUUAUGGAGGGAGGUGUCCCCCCUUACCUGUCCCCCUCUGAAUAUGUGUCCUCUGGCCCUGGCCCUCAUCUCUUGCCUGGUUGUCCAUCUGCCUCUCCCUGUGCCUGUCCCGGUCUUUCUGCAGGAGCCUCCAGUGGACAUGGGUGGGGCCCUGGGGCCAGCCCUGCUGCUCACCUCCCUCCUGGGUGCCUGGGCAGGGCCAGGCCCAGGGCAAGGUGAGCAGGCGGUGACAGUGGCCGUGGUGUUUGGUAGCUCAGGGUCACCACAGGCCCAGGCCCGUGUCCGCCUCACCCCCCAGAGCUUCUUGGACCUGCCCCUGGAGAUCCAGCCACUCACUGUGGGAGUCAAUAACACCAACCCCAGCAGCCUCCUCACCCAGAUCUGCAGCCUCCUGGGUGCUGCCCGUGUCCAUGGCAUCGUCUUCGAGGACAAUGUGGGCACUGAGGCUGUGGCCCAGCUCCUGGACUUUGUCUCCUCCCAGACUCAUGUGCCCAUCCUCAGCAUCAGUGGAGGUUCUGCUGUGGUCCUCACCCCCAAGGAUCCGGGCUCCGCCUUCCUGCAGCUGGGCGUGUCCCUGGAGCAGCAGCUGCAGGUGCUGUUCAAGGUGCUGGAGGAGUACGGCUGGAGCGCCUUCGCCGUCAUCACCAGCCUCCACCCGGGCCACGCGCUCUUCCUCGAGGGCGUGCGCGCCGUCGCUGACGCCAGCUACCUGAGCUGGAGGCUGCUGGACGUGCUCACGCUGGAGCUGGGCCCGAGCGGGCCGCGCGCGCGCACCCAGCGCCUGCUGCGCCAGAUCGACGCGCCCGUGCUGGUGGCCUACUGCUCUCGCGAGGAGGCCGAGGUGCUCUUCGCCGAGGCGGCCCAAGCCGGCCUGGUGGGGCCUGGCCACGUGUGGCUGGUGCCCAGCCUGGCACUGGGCAGCACCGACGCACCGCCCGCCGCCUUCCCCGUGGGCCUCAUCAGCGUUGUCACCGAGAGCUGGCGCCUCAGCCUACGCCAGAAGGUCCGCGACGGUGUGGCCAUCCUGGCCCUAGGCGCCCAUGGCUACCUGCGUCAGCAUGGUGUCCUGCCAGCCGCCGCCGGGGACUGCCACAGCCACCCCGGGCCCGUCAGUCCUGUUCGGGAGGCUUUCUACAGGCACUUGCUGAAUGUCACCUGGGAGGGUCGGGACUUCUCCUUCAGUCCUGGUGGGUACCUGGUCCAGCCCACCAUGGUUGUGAUCGCCCUCAACCGGCACCGCCUUUGGGAGAUGGUGGGUCGCUGGGAUCAUGGUGUCCUCUACAUGAAGUACCCAGUGUGGCCUCGAUACAGUGCCUCUCUGCAGCCCGUAGUGGACAGCCGGCACCUGACAGUGGCCACAUUGGAAGAGCGGCCCUUUGUCAUCGUGGAGAGCCCUGACCCUGGCACCGGUGGCUGUGUGCCCAACACUGUGCCCUGCCGCAGGCAAAGCAACCACACUUUCAGCAGCAGUGACACAGCCCCCUACACCAAGCUCUGUUGUAAGGGCUUCUGCAUUGACAUCCUCAAGAAGCUGGCAAAGGUGGUCAAGUUCUCCUACGACCUGUACCUGGUGACCAAUGGCAAGCACGGCAAGCGAGUGCGCGGCGUGUGGAAUGGCAUGAUCGGGGAGGUGUACUAUAAGCGGGCAGACAUGGCCAUUGGCUCUCUCACCAUCAAUGAGGAACGCUCUGAGAUCGUAGACUUCUCUGUGCCCUUUGUGGAGACGGGCAUCAGUGUGAUGGUGGCGCGAAGCAACGGCACCGUGUCGCCUUCAGCCUUCCUGGAGCCCUACAGCCCAGCAGUGUGGGUGAUGAUGUUUGUCAUGUGCCUCACCGUGGUGGCCAUCACAGUCUUCAUGUUCGAGUACUUCAGCCCUGUCAGCUACAACCAGACCCUCACCAAGGGCAAGAAGCCUGGGGGUCCAUCCUUCACCAUUGGCAAGUCCGUGUGGCUGCUGUGGGCGCUGGUCUUCAACAACUCAGUGCCCAUCGAGAACCCCCGGGGUACUACCAGCAAGAUCAUGGUCCUAGUCUGGGCUUUCUUUGCUGUCAUCUUCCUCGCCAGCUACACUGCCAACUUGGCCGCCUUCAUGAUCCAGGAGCAGUACAUUGACACAGUGUCAGGCCUCAGUGACAAGAAGUUUCAGCGGCCUCAAGAUCAGUACCCGCCCUUCCGCUUUGGCACGGUGCCCAAUGGCAGCACGGAGCGGAACAUCCGCAGCAACUACCGAGACAUGCACACCCACAUGGUCAAGUUCAACCAGCGCUCAGUGGAGGAUGCACUCACCAGCCUCAAGAUGGGGAAGCUGGAUGCUUUCAUCUAUGAUGCUGCUGUCCUUAACUACAUGGCGGGCAAGGAUGAGGGCUGCAAACUGGUCACCAUCGGCUCUGGCAAGGUCUUCGCCACCACCGGCUAUGGCAUUGCCAUGCAGAAGGACUCCCACUGGAAGCGGGCCAUAGACCUGGCGCUCCUGCAGUUCCUGGGUGAUGGAGAGACACAGAAACUGGAGACAGUGUGGCUCUCUGGGAUCUGCCAGAAUGAGAAGAACGAGGUGAUGAGCAGCAAGCUGGACAUUGAUAACAUGGCUGGGGUCUUCUACAUGCUGUUGGUGGCCAUGGGGCUGGCCCUGCUGGUCUUUGCCUGGGAGCAUCUGGUCUACUGGAAGCUGCGCCACUCGGUACCCAGCACGUCCCAGCUGGACUUUCUGCUGGCUUUCAGCAGGGGCAUCUACAGCUGCUUCGGCGGGGUGCAAAGUCUUGCCAGCCCCGCACCGCAGCCCAGCCCAGCCCUCACUGCCGGCUCGGCCCAGGCCAGUGUGCUCAAGAUGCUGCAGGCGGCGAGGGACAUGGUGACCACGGCGGGCGUGAGCGACUCCCUGGACCGUGCCACACGCACCAUCGAGAGCUGGGGCAGCAACCGUCGCGUGCCCCCGCCCGCCUGUGUUGGCCCCGCCCCGCGCCCGCCCACCCCCACCCCGCCGCCGCCCCAGCCUAGCCCCAGGAACUGGGGGCAGCCCUCCGGGGGUCCCGCCACGCUAAUGCGCAGGGCCCCGCAGUCCCCAAGCUGCUGCCCGACGCCUGGGACGCAGCUGCCCAACGUCUCCCGGGUGUGCAGUCGGCCCCCUUGGGAGACGCGGUGGCCAGUGCGGGCCGGGCGCAGGGAGCAGCACCUCUCGGCCUCCGAGCUGCGCGCGCUCCCAGAGCGCCCUCUGUCCCCUGCCCACUGUCACUACAGCUCCUUCCCUCGAGCCGACAGAUGCCGACGCCCCUUCCUCCCGCUCUUCCCGGAGCCCCCGGAGCCAGAUGACGUGCCACUGCUAGGCCCGGAACAGCUGGCCCGGAGGGAGGCUCUGCUGCGUGCGGCCUGGGCCCACGGCCCUCGCCCGCGCCACGCUUCCCUGCCCAGCUCCGUGGCUGAGGCCUUCGCUCGCCCUGGCUCGCUGACCUUCGGGUGCACCGGCCACGCCUGCGCCUGUCCUGAUGCCCAACCCGCCUGCAGGCGCCUGGCACAGGCACACUCCAUGCGGCUCCUGUCCCACCGGGAGGCCUGCUGGGAGGGCGUGCCUGCUGCGGUCCAGGCCUGGCAGCCUGGGCAGCGCAUCUGCCUGCACACCCACGCCCAAUUGCCCUUUUGCUGGGGGAUGGGCUGCCCUCACCUCCCACCCUGUGCCAACCAAAGUCCCUGGCUCACUGAGGCCUGGGGCCCUCCAGCGCACAGGAGCAGGACCAUGGGGCUGAGCACAGGCUACAGGGACAGUGGGGCGUUGGAAGAGGUCAGCAGGGGAACCUGUGGGGCGCAAGGCUUCCUGGGACCUUGCACUUGGAGGCGGAUCUCCAGCCUGGAGUCAGAAGUGUGAGAUGCCAGGCACUCCGGGUUCCUGUUGCUCUGGAUUCUCUGCCUGGCACUGCCAAGGGAAGAAGGCAGGCAGGUUGGAUCGUUUCGGGCUUCUACUGUGAAAUCCUGGCCAUGGAACCCCGUUGGCAGGUGAUGGCUUUCUUGGCCACCUCAGUGACCUUAGCAGGCUCAGGUCCUAGAGUGGGCUGGGCUAUUGCUGUCUCCAUAAUCACACAAAGUCCUGCCCACCCAGCCUGAGUUACAGUGAGCAGAAGGGUGGGACCCCAGAGGGUGACCCUGCCUGGAUGUUCGUCAGUCCCUGGUCAUGGCCGCUGUGGCCUUGGCUUGGGGGCAUGGAGGCUGGAAACUUGAGGUUGGGGUAGAGACCUCCUGCCUCUUGCUCCACCUAGCUGGAGUUUCCUCCAGGACAUUAAACCGACC